GGGGCAGCCACGGACCAUCAACGGGAAGGUGGUCGGUUGUGAGACUUCUCUUCCUUUUCCUGCCCCAUGUGUGGAGGGGCACCCCUUUCCAUUUCAGCCUCGCCUCUACUAUGUUGCAUUUUCAGCAUCUUUUCUGAUAGCUGUUGCAAAUGAAAAUGGAGGAAAUGACUUUGUCGGGCCUGGAUAACAGCAAGUUAGAGGCUUUGGCUCAUGAUAUUUAUACUGACUUGAUUGAUGAUGCUUGUCUGGGCUUGUGCUUUGAGGUACACCGUGCUGUCAAAUGUGGAUACUUCUUUCUGGAUGAUACAGAUCCUGAUAGUAUGAAGGACUUCGAAAUUGUGGAUCAACCAGGACUGGAUAUUUUUGGUCAGGUAUAUAACCAGUGGAAGACUAAGGAGUGUGUGUGCCCAAACUGUAGCCGAAGCAUUGCUGCCUCCCGCUUCGCCCCACACUUGGAGAAGUGCCUUGGUAUGGGUCGGAACAGCAGCCGCAUUGCCAAUAGGAGGAUAGCAAGUAGUAAUAACAUGAAUAAAUCUGAGAGUGAUCAAGAGGACAAUGAUGACAUAAAUGAUAAUGACUGGUCAUAUGGAUCUGAGAAGAAAGCAAAGAAGAGGAAAUCAGAUAAGAAUCCCAAUUCUCGACGAUCCAAGUCCCUGAAACAUAAAAAUGGCAAGGACACAUGAGCAGCCCACCAGUGUGGCGAACAACGCCGCAACUGGUGACCCCCGACGUGAUCUUGCUGAUCAAGCACGUCGUCUCAUUUGGCACCCCCAUUGCUUACCGGCGAAGGAACGCCCCUUGCAUACCAGGACCGGCCGUCGCAGACGGAGCAUCCUCCCAAUCGUGAGUUAUGGGGGCAGAAUUCUCUAAGCCUCAGGUUGCGCACCUCCAAGAACUUAGAGAAUUGGCCAAAACCUCAAUAUUAAUCUUAAAAAACAAUGGGAACUUUCUCCCCAUCCCUUCG